UGCGUGACAUGCCAGUGCACGCAGUGCCGUAAAAACGGCGGCUCCCUCAUGGCCUACUUCCACCAACUACCAGCCUCUGGCGUCGCAUUCACCUCACAGACGACGCUCUCACGGUACCACGCCACCGAGGGCUGCGCGCGAGGAUUCUGUACUGCCUGCGGGAGCUGGCUCUUCUGGCGCCGCGAGGCCGCGGACACCAUCAGCAUGUCAGUCGGCACGCUCGACGAGGAUGUGCUGAAGCGCUGGGGAAAGUUGCUAGCACACGCCGAGUUGCAUUUCUGGUGUGAGAAUGAGAUUGAGGGUGCUACUGAUCAUCUUCAAGGGGAGAAGUGGAAGCAAGAUAAUGAGGGCGAGGGAGCUGAGAGGAUGAAUUAA